CUGUCCCAAAGUGCGAUGCCAACGAUGUCCCGUCUAAUUUUUGACCAACCAGCCUCGGUGUGCCGAUGCUCGAGCUUCUAACAAAAAGUGCGCGCGUUCCGACACGCGGCUCAGACUGAGAGACGGCGUGAUACAGAGCGAGACGCGUCAGUAGCCAACAUCAGCGCGCGACCUUUCCCAGGACCACUCAGAGCAUUUCAACUCUUUUCUGCAUUUAGUGUUAAGGUAAACCAUACAACACAAAGUCAGCGCGACUUGAUUGCAUGGAUAUGAGCGGUAUUUCAUUUGACUUAUCUAUUUUAUUUCGUUGCCACUGCCGUCGGGAACCAUCCAGAGUUUGCGCUCGCGCUCAGGGCGUCCUUCUCUCUCCUCUUUGGCGCGCGCCAACAUGCGCUCCUAUUCCGUGUAAAUCAUACCACAUUUUUUGACCACAGACUCAACAUUUUUCCAUGAAUUGUCUUUCAGUCUACAGAACCUGACCAGACACAUAAAGUUGAGUAAUAUGUCUUGUAUUAGCUCAAAUUUUGAACGUUCACGCGCUCGACAUGUCAUUCAGUAAUAUUCCUAUUGUUGCGCGUGCGUAAAUACAGAGGCGCUUGUGAGGAGUGAACACUGAGACUUUCUGUUGAGCCGAAUCGCAGCUCAGCACCUUGGACAGCUCCGCGCGCUCACCUCUACAGCCAUCCAUCCCAGCGGAAAGAGCUCCAUGCGCGAGCCUGAAGCUGAGCAUCACCGAGGAGCCGCAGGACAUUUACACGCAUGCACGCACUCACGCACGCACACACACAAGCGCAAACAGACACACACACACACACACACACACACACACACACACACACAGAGAGAGCCCAUCGUAAAGCAACAUCUUCAAGAUCUUCCCAUGUGACCCGCGCAUCAGCCACUAAUGCCGAAGCUUACCUGUGCCUGACCACAAGCAUAGCAUCAUCAAGCACUGCACCAUUUGCUGGACAGGGAAAAUAAACACAUAAUAAAAGCUGAGAAUUCUGUGUUGUAUCUGGCUACAAUGGCUAGGAGGCUUCUCUUUCUCCAAGCUCAAGGACAUUCCUGGCCACUCCAUCUUCUCCUCCUGCUGCUGCUUGUGGCCAGGAGCCCACAGGCUCUUGAAGUAUCUGGCUAUAGCAGCGAUACUGCCAAGAAGGACAUCAUCAUAGAGGGGGAUCUGGUGAUCGGGGGACUCUUUCCAGUCCAUCAGAAGGGUGAAGGUGCAGAGGACUGUGGUCGCAUCAAUGCACAAAGAGGGAUACAGAGACUGGAGGCCAUGCUGCUCGCACUAGACGAGAUCAAUAAAGAUAAUCGGAUCUUGCCCGGUGUCACUCUGGGGGCUCACAUUCUGGACACGUGUUCAAAGGACACCUACGCACUGGAGCAGUCGCUGGAAUUUGUGCGGGCUGUUCUCACCAAGGUGGAUGACAGUGAAUAUACGUGCCCAGAUGGAUCCUAUGCCAUUCAUGAUGAUGUGCCACUUGCCAUAUCUGGAGUCAUUGGUGGAUCCUACAGUGAUGUUUCUAUACAGGUGGCCAACCUUUUGCGACUUUUCCAGAUCCCACAGAUUAGCUAUGCCUCAACAAGUGCUAAGCUCAGUGAUAAGUCCCGCUAUGACUACUUUGCUCGUACGGUUCCCCCAGACUUCUACCAAGCUAAGGCCAUGGCUGAGAUCCUGCGCUACUUCAACUGGACUUAUGUCUCCACUGUUGCCUCAGAGGGUGACUAUGGAGAAACUGGCAUCGAUGCUUUUCAGCAGGAGGCCAGAGCCUUGCAAAUCUGCAUUGCUACAUCUGCGAAGGUUAGCCGCUCAAUGGACCGCUACAGUUAUGAUGGAGUGAUCAGGUCUCUGUUACAGAAGUCCAAUGCUAAAGUUGUAAUACUCUUUACAAGAAGUGAGGAUGCCCGGGAGCUUCUAGUUGCAGCAAAUCGCAUGAACGUGUCGUUUAUCUGGGUAGCCAGUGAUGGCUGGGGGGCACAGGAGAGUGUGGUGAAAGGAAGUGAAUCAGUGGCUGACGGAGCAUUCACCAUUGAACUUGCUUCUUAUCAAAUCAACAAAUUUGCUGAGUACUUCACAAAUCUAAAUCCUUACAACAACACUCGCAAUCCCUGGUUCCGAGAGUUCUGGGAGAAUCGGUUCCAAUGCAGCCUGCAUGAUAUUAACUGUGGCAAGCAUUCUCUCCGCGAUGGCAAGUUUGAGCAGGAAUCCAAGAUCAUGUUUGUAGUGAAUGCUGUGUAUGCAAUGGCCCAUGCACUGCACAACCUGAGACAAGCAGUAUGUUUAAACACCACUAAAAUCUGCAGUGCCAUGAAACCAGUAAAUGGAAAGAAGCUGUAUAAAGAUUACAUCUUGAAGACCCAGUUUAAUGCUCCAUUCCGUCCAGCUGAAACAGAGAACACUGUUAAUUUUGAUGCUUAUGGGGACAGCCUGGGUCGCUACAACAUCUUUCACUACCACAUAGAGAAUGGCACAUAUGUAUACCGUAAAGUGGGCUAUUGGGGCCAGACUUUGAACCUAGAUAUAAAUCUUAUUCCUUGGGAUAACCAAGUGUUACCUACCUCUCAGUGUAGUGACCCCUGCAGGAUGAAUGAAAUUAAGAGCAUGCAGCCUGGUGAUGUCUGCUGUUGGAUCUGCAUCCCCUGCCAGCCCUACCAGUAUCUCCUGGAUGAAUUCACUUGCGCAGAAUGCAGCUUUGGCCAAUGGCCACUGGCCAACCUGACUGGCUGCUAUGACUUGCCUGAGGAGUAUAUCCACUGGGAGGAUGCCUGGGCCGUAGGACCAGUCACUAUUGCCUGUCUUGGGAUCCUGUGCACACUCUUUGUGAUUUGUCUCUUAAUAAAGAACAAUGAAACGCCUGUAGUUAAAGCUAGUGGACGAGAACUUUCCUAUAUUUUACUCCUGGGUGUGCUUCUCUGUUACUGCAUAACUUUUAUCUACAUCGCCAAACCUUCAGUAGUUGUGUGUACGUUACGUCGUCUUGGACUUGGUACCUCCUUUGCAGUCUGCUACUCAGCGCUCCUGACCAAGACCAACCGCAUUGCCCGUAUCUUCAGUGGUGUCAAAGAUGGUGCACAAAGGCCAAGGUUUAUAAGUCCAGUUUCACAGGUAGCUAUUUGUGCUGGCCUCAUUUCCUGUCAGCUGUUAGUGGUGAUGGUCUGGCUCUUGGUAGAGACACCAGGUGUAAGGAAAGAGGUCAGUCCUGAGAGAAGGGACAUAGUCAGAUUGAAAUGCAACAGCAAGGACUCCAGCAUGCUAAUUUCACUGACCUAUAACUGUGUCCUCAUUAUCCUGUGUACCUUCUACGCUUUCAAGACCAGAAAGUGCCCAGAGAACUUCAAUGAGGCAAAGUUUAUUGGUUUUACUAUGUACACCACCUGCAUCAUCUGGCUGGCUUUCCAGCCCAUCUUCUAUGUCACAGCCAGUGACUACAGGGUUCAGACCACCACAAUGUGCAUCUCAGUGAGUCUGAGCGGCUCAGUGGUGCUGGGUUGCCUUUUUGUCCCUAAAAUCCAUAUCAUCUUGUUCCAACCACAAAAGAAUGUAACUACCAGUCUCAGGGUGGCCACCACUCGCUUCAGUGUGACCACUGGCCCCGGCUCCAGCUUCUCUCAAGCAUCCAACAUUGUGCCAACAGUGUGUAACGGAAGAGAAGUAGUGGACUCAACAACAUCAUCACUCUAAAUUAAAUGCUAUCCAUCCGCCAGAUGUGGUAUACAGAUGCAUUUAAUCACUAGUCAGUAAAAUGUGUUUGCUCAUAUUAGGGAGGCUUCUCACAAUAAGGAGUAGCACUUAUUUCAUUUACAAAGUCCUGUGAAAAAAAAAAAUCACUCUUUCUUACUUUCUCUUGUUCUCUCUUGCUGCUUCUUUCCCUUUUAAAGUCUCCCUCUCUCUUUCUCUCUCUCUCUCUCUCUCUCUCUCUCUCUCUCUCUUUUCGUUCAUUGUUAGAAAAUAAUGGGAUACCAGUGGAAGCUCUGUAUACCACCAAUUUUUAUAGAAAAUAUGCUAAUUUAUUAUUUGAAACAUGGAGUAGAAAAACAAUAGUGAAUCUGUUCAGUGUAUCAGAUACAGAAUGUUUUAAUUGUAGAUUUUUGGUGAUUCAGGUAUGUUGUUUCAUUGUAAUUACUGUAAAUAAAAAUGUGCUUUUUUUAUGAAUAUUAAAAUGCAACAUGGAUUUCUUUGUACAUAAAUUAAAGGUGAUGUCAAGGAU